GCCUGUUUUAUAACAAGUGAACUCUGUUCUCUGUUUCCAGGACAGCUGCAGAAAGUACAGUGAGCGCUGUUAAAGAACCUGAAGGGCAGGCAUUCAUUGACAGUUCACUUCCCUCUUGCAAUAUUUACUUUGAAACACUGCAAAAACCAACCUUUAUUUUCUCCCUAGAGAUCAGAAGAUUCUCUGUUCCAGAUGGCCAAUGAAGCAAACCCAUGCCCAUGCAACAUUGGGGAUAAGUUUGAAUAUGAAGGGCUGGGGCAUGAAGUUUCUGUUGAACACAUCAAGGCUUACCUGAACAAACCUUCUCACCAAACUGAUAAAGCUGUGAUAGUGAUUCAUGAUGUAUUUGGGUGGCAGCUGCCAAAUACCAGAUUUAUAGCUGAUAUGCUUACAUCUAACGGAUAUAUAGCAAUUUGCCCAGACUUUUAUAAAGGACAAGCACCUUGGACACCAUCUUCUGAUUGGGCUACAUUCGACGAUUGGAUAAAAACACGAGAUUCCAAACAUAUCAACAAGGAAGCAGAUGUGGUCCUGAAGUAUCUGAAGGAACAAUGUAAGGCAAAGAAGAUAGGUGUCAUUGGAUUUUGCUGGGGUGGAGCUGCUGUUCAUCACUUGAUGUUGAAAUAUUCUGAAUUGAAGGCUGGCGUAUCAAUUUACGGAGUCAUCAAGUUUACAGAGGACAAUUGUCAGCUGAAGAACCCCACAUUUUUCAUUUUUGGAGAGAAUGAUGAUGUAAUUCCUCUUGACCAAGUAAGAUGUUGUUUCAAAAUGCAGAAUCAUUAAAUUAUGCAUCAAGUAAUGUAAGAACUGCAA